AUGGCUGGCCGCGCGCGCAGCCUGCUGCUGGCGCUCCUCCUGGCCCUGCAGAGCAGCUGUUCGGGAUUCAGAAGCCCACUUUCUGUCUUCAAGAGGUUUAAAGAAAACACCAGAUCAUUUUCCAAUGAAUGUGUUAGCACCACUAGACCAGUGAUUCCUAUUGACGCAUCAGAUUUUGCAUUGGAUAUUCGAAUGCCCGGAGUUACACCUAAACAGUCUGAUACAUACUUCUGCAUGUCAAUGCGUUUGCCAGUGGAUGAGGAAGCCUUCGUGAUUGACUUCAAGCCUCGAGCCAGCAUGGAUACUGUUCAUCAUAUGUUACUUUUUGGAUGCAAUAUGCCUUCAUCCACUGGAAGUUACUGGUUUUGUGAUGAAGGAACCUGUAAAGAUAAAGCCAAUAUUCUCUAUGCCUGGGCCAGAAAUGCUCCCCCCACCAGGCUCCCUAAAGGUGUUGGAUUCAGAGUUGGAGGAGAAACUGGCAGCAAAUACUUCGUACUUCAAGUACACUAUGGGGAUAUCAGUGCUUUUAGAGAUAAUCACAAGGACUGCUCUGGCGUGUCCUUACAUCUCACACGUCUGCCACAGCCUUUAAUUGCUGGCAUGUACCUUAUGAUGUCUGUGGACACUGUUAUACCAGCAGGGGAGAAAGUGGUGAAUUCUGACAUUUCAUGUCAUUAUAAAAUGUACCCGAUGCAUGUCUUUGCCUAUAGAGUUCACACUCAUCGUUUAGGUAAGGUGGUCAGCGGAUACAGAGUCAGAAAUGGACAGUGGACUCUGAUUGGACGCCAGAGCCCCCAGUUGCCCCAGGCAUUCUACCCUGUGGAACACCCGGUCGAUGUGACUUUUGGUGACAUCCUGGCAGCAAGAUGUGUAUUUACUGGUGAGGGAAGGACAGAGGCCACACAUAUUGGUGGGACAUCCAGUGAUGAGAUGUGCAACUUAUACAUCAUGUAUUACAUGGAAGCCAAGCAUGCAGUGUCUUUUAUGACCUGCACACAGAACGUGGCGCCAGAGAUGUUCCGAAUGAUUCCCCCAGAGGCCAAUGUUCCCAUUCCUGUGAAGUCUGACAUGGGCAUGAUGCAUGGGCAUCACCAUGAACCUGAGAACAAAGAUAAGACUACCUUACUACAGCAACCCAAACGGGAAGAAGAAGAAGUACUGGACCAGGGUGAUUUCUAUUCACUCCUUUCCAAGCUGCUAGGAGAAAGGGAAGAUGUUGUUCAUGUGCACAAGUAUAAUCCUACAGAAAAGGCAGAAUCAGAGUCAGACCUGGUAGCCCAGAUUGCAAACGUAGUCCAAAAGAAGGAUCUUGGUCGGUCUGAUGCGAGAGAGGGUACAGAACACGGGGAGCAGGGCAAUGCUAUUCUUGUCAGAGACAGAAUCCACAAAUUCCACAGACUAGAAUCUACUUUGAGGCCAGCAGAGAACAAAGUUUUCUCAUUACAGAAGCCUGACGAAGGCACCUGGGAACCAGAACACACAGGAGAUUUCCAUGUUGAGGAGGCUCUGGAUUGGCCUGGCGUAUACUUGUUGCCAGGCCAGGUUUCUGGGGUGGCUGUUGAUGCUAAGAAUAAUCUGGUGAUUUUCCACAGAGGUGACCAUGUAUGGGAUAGAAACUCUUUUGACAGCAAGUUUGUUUACCAGCAAAGAGGACUUGGGCCAAUUGAAGAAGACACUAUUCUUGUCAUUGAUCCAAAUAAUGCUGCGGUACUCGAGUCCAGAGGAAAAAAUCUGUUUUACCUGCCUCAUGGCUUAAGUAUAGAUAAAGAUGGGAAUUAUUGGGUCACAGAUGUGGCUCUCCAUCAGGUGUUCAAACUGGAUCCAAACAGUAAAGAAGGCCCUCUUUUAAUCCUGGGAAGGAGCAUGCAACCAGGCAGUGACCAGAAUCAUUUCUGCCAACCCACCGAUGUGGCUGUGGAUCCGAGGACUAGAGCCAUCUAUGUGUCCGAUGGCUAUUGCAACAGUCGGAUUGUUCAGUUUUCACCAAGUGGAGAAUUCAUCACACAGUGGGGAGAAGCAUCUUCUGGGAGAAAUCCUACACCAGGCCAUUUCAGUGUUCCUCACAGCUUGGUACUCGUGCCUCAUUUAAACCAAUUAUGUGUGGCAGACAGGGAAAAUGGUCGGAUCCAGUGUUUUAACACUGACACCAAAGAAUUUGUGAGAGAGAUUAAGCAUGAAUCAUUCGGAAGAAAUGUAUUUGCAAUUUCAUAUAUACCAGGUUUGCUCUUUGCCGUGAAUGGGAAGCCUUACUUUGGGGACCAAGAACCUGUACAGGGAUUUGUGAUGAACUUUUCCAAUGGAGAAAUUAUAGAUGUCUUCAAGCCAGUACGCAAGCACUUUGACAUGCCUCAUGAUAUUGUUGCAUCCGAAGAUGGAACUGUGUACGUUGGAGAUGCUCACAUGAACACUGUUUGGAAGUUCACAGUGACUGAGAAAAUUGAACAUCGUUCAGUUAAAAAGGCUGGCAUUGAGGUCCAAGAAAUCAAAGAAGCCGAGACAGUUGAAUCCAAAAUGGAGAACAAACCCACUUCCUCAGAAUUGCAGAAGAUGCAAGAGAAACAGAAACUGAUCAAAGAGCCAGGCUCGGGAGUGCCUGUGGUUCUCAUUACAACCCUUCUGGUUAUUCCGGUGGUUGUCCUGCUGGCCAUUGUCAUAUUUAUUCGGUGGAAAAAAUCAAGGGCCUUUGGAGAUUCUGAACACAAACUCGAGGCCAAUUCAGGAAGAGUGUUGGGAAGAUUUAGAGGAAAGGGAACUGGAGGAUUAAACCUUGGAAAUUUCUUCGCCAGCCGAAAAGGUUACAGUCGCAAAGGGUUUGACCGCCUUAGCACGGAAGGGAGUGACCAAGAAAAAGAUGAGGAAGAUGGGAGUGAAUCUGAAGAGGAGUAUUCAGCACCCCUACCCGCACCAGCAACUUCCUCCUGAACACCAGGCUUUCAUUUGGCUUGAAUGAGAUUUACCAAGAAUGCCAGAUUCCUUUUUCCUGUAGCACGUUGAAAGUUUUGUGCAUUUAUUAUUGUCCACUGUACUAGUCUGUGUGGGACUGUACACAAUUUAUUUACUCCAUUUUGGUUAAGUUGGCUUCUGUUUCUAGUUGAGGAGUUUCUUAAGAGUUCACAACAGUGCCAUUGUCUUUCUAUGAACAUAGAAUAGAGAAACAGUCCUCUUCCUCCAUCCUAGUUAUGAAUCUAAUGAUGGAAGGUUUGCUCAUUUACAUUUUUGAGACUUUUUUGUGGAUGUAAAUAACCCCAUUCUCUGCUUGAACACAGUAUUUUUCCCAAUAGCACUCCAUUGCCAGUGUCUUUCUUUGGUGCCUUUCCUGUUCAGCAUUCUCAGCCUGUGGCAGUAAAGAGAACCUUUGUGCUACAUGAGGACAAAGCUGAUAAAUCUCCUAUUUUUUUAAAAUCACUAACAUUAUAUUGCAAUGAGAGAAAGAAAAAAGUCUCUAUUUAAAUUCUUUUAAUUUUUCUCUUCAGUUGGUGUGUUUCUGGGAUGUCUUAUUUUUAGAUGGUUACGCUGUUAGAACACUAUUUUCAAUAUCUGAAUGUAAUUUGUGUAAUAAAGUGUUUUCAGAGCA